AUGGAUGCUGACAUAAUCGUCGGUGAUAGUCUUCUCCUCUUGCUUUCAUUCUUCCUGAUAUGCCUUGACCACGAUGAAGAUGCCACAAACCAGCACCAGCACAUUCUCUGCGAGUGGCGGAAUUCGGCCCAACAAUUCAAACACAAUCAAAUCCUCGUCUCUUCCACCAUGUCCGCUGCUGUUGCUCCCGGUGCCGGCUCUGUUGCCACUGGUGCUCCUCCCCCGCCACCGCCGCCUUCAGGGGGUGGUGGCCAGAAGCGCGGCCCUUCCGGUGAUGGGACCCCGACUCACAAGCGAGCUGCAGCCGAGGCGGCUCCUUGUUGCCGUUGCCUCCGCCGCCUCACCACCAACGGAGGUGCGGCUGGCACGAUGGUCGCGUGCAUAAAGCGUACGCCGACUGGCCGUGUGGCGGUCAACUGCCAGUACUGCCAGAGGGGCAAACGUGGUGGUGCCACCGGUUGUGUCCCUGUUCAUCCAACCCUCGUCACAGCAGCCACCCGCCUUAUGGUGUGGAACCGCAUGCUUGUCGCCGGCGAAGAGGGUGCGCCCACCAAGGCGCAGGUCGAGGCCGCGGCCGACGACCUUGAUGGUCGUAUGUAUGUCGCUCCCACCACUGUCGGCCGCAAGGUGGCGGGUGGUACCCCGCGUGGUGGUCGCCUGCGUUCCGCCAGCGGUUCGGCCGCGGGUGCCGGCGUGGUCGGCGGUGAGUGGGUGUCCUUGCUUAGGUCUCUCGUUGGGGUCCUCCGGACCGGUGUCGAGGCCUAUAUUGCGGCGCACAAUCUCCCGGCUCCUGUGUGGAGCGAUGAAGAGUCCUCCCUGGAGGAGUCUUCUGGGGAGGACGAGGACGAGUAG